AUGAUUAUUCGCGCUAGCGCGCCGCUUUGGAUCUCUACCGCCAUCAGCCGCACCGUCACAUCCAGCAGCGAGUACAGCUUCGGUGUUCCCGAGUCCGUUCCUGCCGACGACAGUGAACAGUGGCAGCAUACGGCGACGGCAGCAGCCGCAGCAGCAGGAGGAAGGUCAGAAUGGCCACCGCUACCAGGAAUUCGUCGGUCGCUUUCGGAGUCAUCCUGCUGCUUUUGGGGUUACGGGGAAUUCCCAUACGUGUACGUACUGUGCCCUGUACGAGAGGACCUCCUGUACCUGAUCACUGUGCACCCCAACAGAGAAAUUGUGGGCACUGUAAUGUGCACACACUUCCUGAAAGACGUAAUUGCUGCAAAAAACUACACAUUGAAGCCGAGAGUAGUCCUUCCAGACGACUAUGUGAAAGAAGUGAGGCCACCCUCGAAAAAGGGUACACCAGUGGUGGUCGAGUUCAGCAUAUUCGUCGUGGACAUCAACUCGAUCAACGUGGAGGACAUGGAUUUCAGAGUAGAUAUGUUUGUGCACCAGAAGUGGGUUGAGUCGAGAUUGGACCUGCACGACGACAUCUUCGAGGAUGGCGAUGACCACGUGAUACUUCCGCCGGAGUUCUUCGAUAACCUCUGGCAACCGGAUCCGUACUUUCUGAAUUCAAAAAUUUCAGGUCAAUCAUAUAUAAAUGAAGGUAUUAAUAGGGUUUUGUGUGGCAAAAUCAGUUGUAUGACAUCGAUACGUCAGCAAGAAAUCGCCACACUCACGCACAAAUUCUCCUCGGUAACGUUAUACAAAAACUCGACGGUACGGUACGCGUGCAUGAUGCACGCCAUCAUUGCUUGCCAGAUGGAAUUCCAGCUCUACCCGAUGGACAUCCAGAUUUGUCCGAUCUACAUCGAGAGCUUCUCCUACCACAAUCAGAAGAUUCGGCUCAAAUGGGCCGACAACGGGGUCACCAUCAAUCCGGAGCUCAAGCUGCUCCAGUACAAUCUUGGCCAACCGCUGCAGUUGGAAGAGACUGACGGCUAUAUGCCGGAGAAAUACGGAAAUUUCUCACGGUUAGCUGUAUAUUUUCGGUUCGAGCGUCAAAUAGGACACCACUUGAUUCAAACCUUUGCACCCUCUACGCUGGUGGUCAUGCUGUCCUGGUUUAGCUUCUGGCUCGGGCUGGAUGCCAUUCCCGGACGAGUCACGCUGCUGGUUACCUGUAUGCUAACACUAGUGACAAUGUUCACCGGGAUGCGAGCCGACAUUCCCCCGGUAGCUUACGUUAAGGCAUUGGAUCUGUGGAUGGCUGGCUGCAUGAUGUUCGUGUUCUCUGCUCUGGCAGAAUUUGUCGUGGUUAAGGUUCUCGAUGUGCAAUACCAAUACCAGGUGAACAAAGUACCGAAGGUACUUCCAAUGCGAAUCAGUGCCAUGGAGAAGGGUCAAUGUGCGACGGUGGCCAACUGGGAAGGUGGAACGGUUAACGUUCGCCCUCGGAAGCCGACCCAAACGCCCACUACUCCCGGACAGGUAUCGCUGCAAGGUAACGGAGGCCCCCAGCCACCUAUGUCCAAACAACCGACUCGUCGGCAGAGCAUUCUCUCGGUAGCGUGGACCGAUACGGACACCGGUGUCGAGAAAAUUAUGUGGCGUGAGAUUGACAAAAUGUCACGAGUAGUUUUUCCGGGCUUAUUUCUCGUUUUUGUCAUACUCUAUUGGCCAAUAUUGAUUUUUAAAACAUCCUGA